UAUCCACACACCAUAUCAUUCCAUUCUCCACCAAGUGACUCAAAGAAUUUACUUCCAUUCCAUGGCCAAACUAAUACUCCAAAUCUUCACCAUUUCCAUCUUCCUUUCUCUGGUGGCCUUUCCGGCCACCGGAGAAGAAGAUACUUAUAUUUUUGGAAAAUCUAUAAACAAAAAACCCACAAGGUUAAAAAAGGAAAAAUUCAGUCAUUUUCGAUUUUAUUGGCAUGAUAUUCUAAGUGGUUCAAAACCAACAUCAAUGAUGAUUAUUCCACCAUCUAAAAACACAACAACAGGUUUUGGGCAAAUGAAUAUGAUAGAUAAUGCCUUAACCUUAGGACCAGAAUUAAGUUCCAAGAUUGUUGGAAGGGCGCAAGGGUUUUAUGGUGCUGCUUCACUUAAUGAUGUUGGUUUAAUGAUGGUUAUGAAUUUUGCUUUUAUUGAAGGGAAAUAUAAUGGAAGUACUUUUACUAUACUUGGUCGGAAUCCGGUGUUCGAGAAGGUGAGAGAGAUGGCGGUGAUCGGAGGGAGUGGGCUUUUCCGAUUUGCUAGAGGAUAUGUUGAAGCUAGUACUCAUUCAUGGGAUUUCAAAACUGGAGAUGCUACUGUUCAGUAUGAUGCUUAUGUCUUGCAUUAUUGAGGUUUUACUAAUUUUAUAUAUUUUCAUCGUGUCAAUUUAUGAGAUGUAGUCUACACGAAUUUUAAGAAUUGUAUAAGAAUAUAUUUUGUAUUA